GAACGCCGUGUUCAUUUUAGUUCCGAGAGUUCGAACGUAUUUCUACACGUGCUGAGUAAUGUGAGCCGUGGGUCGUUUCAGAUAUAGUUAGUGGAAUUACAGUUACAGCGCUUGCUCGAUGCGAGCAUGAGGACAUUGCUCUGCCUACCUCCUCCAACUGAUUUCUUUCAGAUACAUGCUGAAACUGUUAAGGUUUGUAUAUGACAUGGCCAGGAAACCCUUUACCCCUGAGGAGGUGCGUAGGAUAGUAGAGUACCUCAAGGACCCUGCUGUGUUCCACAAUAUGACCACUGACUGGCCAGCAUUACACUGGACAGCACAGCACCUUUCUGUCUGUCUGGACAAGAAAGCCGUAAGGUUUCGUGUCGGAAACAAGAAGACAGACAAAACACCUCUUUUUGAAACCCAGUGUGCAUAUGUGGAGGCAACCCUCGGGGAGUUCCUUGCCUGGACUGGUGGUGAGACUGGCCCUGCGAUUGGACCAUUCUGUGACUAUUCCCGCUCUGACUUUUGGGCCUAUGCUGACUACAAGUAUAUCGCCAGUCUGUUCCAGCAUAAAGCAACCAUGUUUGAGGAGGUGGUGUGGUCUGAUUUCGGGUACCCAGGUCGUAAUGGGACAGCCAGCACGCUUUGGGUUGGCACAGAGGGUGCCAACACACCCUGCCACCUAGACACUUAUGGGUUUAAUCUGGUGUUCCAAGUGCAGGGCAGGAAGCGUUGGCACCUCUUUCCCCCCGAAGACACCAGCUGCAUGUACCCUACUCGCAUUCCCUACGAGGAGUCCAGCAUCUUCAGCCAGGUCAACGUACCUCAGCCAGACCUGGAGAGGUUCCCUGCCUUCCGAAGAGCCAGAGCCCAUGUCGUCACUCUGCAACCUGGACAGGUGCUGUUUGUCCCCCGUCACUGGUGGCACUACGUGGAGUCAGUGGACCCCGUCACAGUCAGCAUCAACUCCUGGAUCGAGCUGGAGGAAGAUGAUGAGGCGAGAGUGGGGGAGGCUCUUACCAGGACGCUGGUGUGCGCGCUGAAGACGACCCCCAGCCAUGGCAACCAUGAUGACUGGCUCAACCCCACUGAGGAUGGAGUGGCAUCUCAUGAUGAGAACAUGCAGUACCUGAGCCUCGCCAUGCAGGCUUGUGCCGAGAAGAGGAGUCAGACGGGGGGCUCGGAACAAGCAGGCCAAGAUGGCCGCCACACCUUAAAGCGUGACUCAAGCGGCUGUGUCAAGGCGAACUCUGGAAACGAAAAAGAAAGAAAAAUCGCUUCUUUCUCUCCUCCUUUUGGACCUCAUCUCCUCCCAGUGCCCUGUGUGGUGCAUAGUCCUGUGCGGAAGAACUCGUGUCCCGAGGACAGCGAUUUGACCCUAGAGCACAAUCCCCAACGUGCCCUAGUCUCUGACCCACAGUCAGGAAGGGCCGGGGAAGCUGGUCACGGUGCAGGACGACACCCCCACGGGAGUGAGGAGACCCCCAUGUUCUCAGAAGACUCCAAUGAACAGGGCCUCCCUCAGGCCUCUCUCUGCACCAGUGACCUGCUGGAGUGCCUGGUGCACCCGGACGUCAUCGCUCUCGUGAGCCGGCUACUGCUGGACAGGCAGCGAGAACUCGCCAGCGGUUAAACUGCCCAACAGUCCCUAAGCGGUCAAAUGCUCUUUCAGUUUCCUUCUGACUGACUCUAGCUCUACACUUUUUUGACAGUGUUGACAGUGUGUGUGGAGCUGCUCUCUCUAGCUCCAUUUGUUCUCUGGGCUUCUGAUUGUAGGAGAGAUGUAGCUGCCUGAGUUCUGCAGCACCAGGUUUUUUUUAUGUUUUUAUACCACCUAUCUUGUUCUGGUGCAGAAGAUGUAAAUGUAACUGUAGUUUCUGUGUGUUUGUUAUGAUUCAGAUUGACAAAUUAAAGAAAUAAACGAACAUUUAAAGAGA